UCAGCCCAAGAGGGGAAAGUCCAGCAUCAGCCUCACAUGUGUCUGCCCAAACCCUGUCUGGAAAAACUAGGAUCUUGCAAAGGAAGAUUUGCAAACACGGGCCUGUGUUAGUUUAAAAGUUAAAUUAUCUACCAGGAUAGGCUUUAGCGAUUAAAUUGGGUAAAAUUAGUUUUUUUUCAUUUGGCCCAAUCUGUGUUUGUGUGUUAGAGGAUGAGUGUGUACCUGUUGGUCCUAUGUCUGGCUUUGCUGCAGCAGGAGGGAAGAGCCAGGCCAGACCCUCCAGGCUGCAAUAGCCCUGAGGCGGUGAGGGUGGCGGAGGAGGCCCUGGAGCAGAUCAACCAGGACCGGACAGACGGAUACAUCCUGAGCCUCAACAGACUGUAUGACCUCUCUCACACUCCUGAAAAGGAGAAAGGUGGGUCUCUCUACAAACUGACCAUUGAUGUCAUGGAGACCAAAUGUCACAUCACCAGCAGGAAACCAUGGAAACAAUGUGAAGUCAGAGAUAUUGGUGAUGUUCCGGUGUACGGAGAGUGCGAGGUAUCUGCCUACGUUGACUCUCAAGUCAAACUUCAAGGCUACUCCUGUGCACUUCGUGAAGUUCCCGCCACUGCAGUGGUGAACGUGUGUCCGGACUGUCCCACAGCUGACAACCUCAACGAGCCCGUCGUCAAGGAGACAGCCAAUCUCUCCCUGCAGAGGUUCAAUGAAGAGAGUCAACUGGCCAACUACUUUACUCUGGAGAACAUUACAAGAGCCAGUUCACAGUGGGUUGUUGGCCCAUCCUACUUUGUGGAGUUCACCAUCCUGGAGACGGUGUGUUCAAAGACAACAGACGCCAGUGAACUGAGCGACUGCCCACCUAUGGACUGUCAGUUUGCUCAUAGAGGCUUCUGUUUUGGCUCACAUGUGGCCCAUGAGGACCAGUUUGAAAUCAGACUCCCUGUCGGAAAGAAGCACAGCUCAUUUCAGGACCGGAAGCCUGUAGAUGUGACUUGUGAGAUCUACGAACCUCAGGCUGCCACUGUGGAGGAGAAGGACCACGCAAAAGCAGAUAGCGGGCACAUUGGUCAUCAUCACCACAACCACACACACCUGCACCCACACGAGCACAUGCACUCAGGCACACCCAGUUCAGACCUCACUGUCUCCAAACCCCGGGGCACCCUCGGGACUGUGGUGGACCAGCCUGCCCCUCUUCGAUCUGCCCCAACAGCCAGCUCCUGCCCCGGCCCGCACAGACACAACCUGGGCAUAGGCAAGCUGUGAUUGGCCGGAAGACCAGGACGGUUAUCUUUGAUCCGUUACUCAAGCUAUAUUUUUAACUGCAUGUUGUAAUUAGUUAAGAAAGACAGGAAUUUGUCAUUUAGAAGCAAAAUAUGGGAGGACAGUAAAUAAUUGUAAAUCAUCUGAUAUACGUUGAUUGCUUGAUUAAAGCAUUUGAAUAGUGAGAAGUUCAUUUGUCACAUAACAUGGGAAUCAUUAAGCAUAUUACGCAAAUAUAUGUGAAGGAGCUUCUGUUAGAACAUUUAAAAAAAUAAAAACUUUUUCCACCAUAAA